AUGAUUGUGCCCGUGAUCAUACCCGUGUGCUGCCCGUAUUUUGCCCGUGUUCAACCCGUGAUUCUGCCCGUACUGCUGCCCGUGAUUGUGCCCGUGAUCAUACCCGUGUGCUGCCCGUAUUUUGCCCGUAUUCUGCCCGUGAUCCUGACCGCGAUUCUGCCCGUGUUGUCGCCCGUGAUUUUGCCUGUGAUUCUGCCUGUGAUCCUGCCCGUGUUGCUGCCCGUUCCUGUGUCAUACUGCCCGUGCCCACCCAUGUCUCCCGUUGCUGCCCGUGUCUUACCCGCGCCUAGUGUCCCCCGUUCUGCCCGUGCUGCCUGUUCUGCCCGUGCUGCCCCGUUGUGCCCCCCGUGUCCUGCCCCGUUCAGCCUGUGUUCUGCCCUGUUCUGCCCAUGUUGCCUUGUUCAGCCCGUGUCCUGCCCCGUUCAGCCCGUGUUCUGCCCUGUUCUGCCCGUGUUGCCCCGUUCAGCCCGUGUCCUGCCCCGUUCAGCCGCCCGUGUUGCCCCGUUCAGCCCGUGUCCUGCCCCGUUCUGCCCGUGUUGCCCUAUUCUGCUCAUGCUGCCCCGUUCUGCCUGUUUGUGCCCUACCCGUGCUGUCCGUACCCAUUGGUGCCCCACCCGUGCUGUCAGUUCUCGCUCGUGCCCCACCCGGUCUGUGCUUCCCGGUCUCGUGCUGCUCGUCACCCCCGUGCGGCCCGUCCCGUACAGCACCUAG